AUGACAGCCAGAGCCUUGGAGGAGGUGGAUGCAGGCCUGGGGAGCUUGCAGGCAGCUUUAUCCCUAAGGGAGGAUGCUGGCAGCUGGCCCCAGGAGCUGGUGGUUGAGGGCAGUCCGGCAGGUGGUGCUAAUGCAGGGCCCAAGGAACCGGAGGAUUCUGAAAGGGGCAAGGACAAGCUGAAAGCAGCUCCUCGGAGCCCCGCGCGCAGGAAAACGCAGCCAGCACCACCCCCGCAGCCUCCCCCGCCGCCGCCGCCUCCCGCUAGGCGCCAGGAGCUGCUCUGGGGGUCUCUCUCGCUUAACCAAUGCUGUGGUGGGAGAAGCAACCGCCCCAGCUCCAGCCCCAAUCCCAACCCCAACCCGGGCGCCUUGGGUUCCGCCCAGCUCAGCUCCAAAGGAGCCGGAGCCGGCACCGCCCCCGGUAAGCGCAUCCUUCAAGGAUCCUUCACGGAGGCAGAGGAGCCCGCUGAGGUUCCGGGGAACGGAGAGGCGGUAGAGGCGGCUGGAGAGGACUCUGCGUCCCGCUCGGUCCCCGAGCCCAAAGAGAAGCGGAAGAAGGAGCCGAGACCCAAGAGGGAGAGGGAGAGGCCGCAGGAGAAGCGGGAGCUGGAGGCGAGGCCGCGGCAGGAGAAACAGAGGCGCGAGAAGGCACGACGAGAAGAGGAACCCCGGAGAAAGGCACGCGCCUCGUGGGACCCCGAGCCUAGGAAGCGCCCGGCCAGGGAGUCACGGCGUCACUCGGACCCGGAUCCCCGGCCUCUGGGCCGAAAGCACCGUGCGGGCAAAGGGCGGGACUGA